UUCUUUCCAGGAAGUCUAUUUUGUAAGUAUUGAUACAUCCUUGUUUUUUGCGUGAGAGAGAAAGUAAGAGAGCAAAAAAGCAUAUAUCAAUGAAAACCAGGGCUUAGAAGUCAUCAUCACACACCCCCUUAGGCCUCUCUCUCUCUCUCUCCUUAACCUCUGGAAGUUCCAUAAUGUUUUCUUCUUCAACAGUACACCUAUAAAUCAUCUAAUCAUCCUGUGUUUUCUAAGGAUGUUUUCAUAGUACACCUGGUUUUUUUGAAAGAAAGUGUUAGAGAAAACUAACAGGGAGAAAAAGGAGUAUGAAAGUACUUAAAGAGUGAUAAAGCUCAGAUCUUUAUGGCUGGUCAUCAAGAAAGUGAAGAGAUUAAACCAAGAUCAAUGGUAACUAGUACUGGUUAUUGGUAUUCAGAUAGUAGUACAAAUCCAAAUAUGGUGAAUCAUCAUCAUCAGUUGCAAAAUUUUGAACAAAAUCCAGAGAUGUAUAACUUGACUUCUGGUAUGGAAAUGAUAGGGUUUCCACCAAACAAUAAUCCUCAUGUGUUAUGGAAAGGUAAUUUUCUCAACAAGAUUGGUGAUGGUAAUAGUGGUGCUGGUCCUUCAUCUUCCAAGAAUAUUACUGAACAAUUUUACCAACAUGGUAAUUUCACUAAGGGGCCAGCUGAUUUUACUACAAGUAGUGAAAAUAUGUUGGUGACACCAACUGAUGAUCAUCAUCAAGAAACUUGGCAUGAGCAUAAUAGAACAUUACUUGUUGAUGAUCCAUCUUUAAGAUGUGUAUUUCCUUGUGAAGGAAAUGAAAGGCCAAGUCAAGGACUUUCACUAUCUCUCUGUUCAUCAAAUCCUUCUAGUAUUGGUUUACAGUCUUUUGAACUGAGAAAUCAACAAGAAAUAGGAGGACUAAUACAUGAUGGUUUUUUGGGAAAAUCUGCAAAUUUCCAACAUCAAGGGUACUUUAAUCAUCAGAUUAGGGACUCGAAAUACUUAGGUCCGGCUCAGGAGCUGCUCGGUGAAUUCUGUAGUCUCGGAAUAAAGCAAAAUGAUUCAUCAAAAGUACAAAAGCAACAACAAAAGCCCCACCAAUGGCAAGAUCAUGAGAGUGCUAGUACUUCAAAAAAGCAACCUUUACAGUCCCUUGACCUCUUAGAACUUCAGAAAAGAAAAACAAAAUUGCUUCAAAUGCUUGAAGAGGUGGAUAGAAGGUACAAGCACUAUUGUGAUCAAAUGAAAGCAGUUGUAUCAUCAUUUGAAGCAGUGGCUGGAAGUGGAGCAGCAACAGUUUACUCAUCCUUAGCAGCAAGGGCAAUGUCAAGGCAUUUCAGAUGCCUAAGAGAUGGAAUUGUGGGACAAAUUAAGGCCACAAAAAAGGCCAUGGGAGAAAAAGACAGUAGUACUAGUCUUGUUCCUGGUUCAACUAGAGGGGAAACACCAAGACUCAGGCUUCUUGAUCAAACUCUAAGGCAACAAAAAGCUUUUCAACAGAUGAAUAUGAUGGAAGCUCAUCCAUGGAGACCACAACGCGGUCUCCCAGAAAGAUCAGUUUCCGUCCUGCGUGCUUGGCUCUUUGAACACUUUCUUCACCCGUACCCAAGUGAUGUUGAUAAACACAUUUUAGCCCGCCAAACUGGUCUUUCAAGAAGCCAGGUGUCAAAUUGGUUCAUCAAUGCAAGAGUAAGGCUAUGGAAGCCGAUGGUGGAAGAAAUGUACUUAGAAGAAACCAAAGAAGAAGAGAAUAAUCUUGGAUCUCCAGAUGGAUCAAAAGCCCUUGAUGACAUGAAUGGUGUUAAUCAUAAUCAUCCUCAGUCAGUAAACAUUGAUCAAGAUCAAAAGCCAAAUCUUGUAAGAAUAGACUCUGAGUGCAUAUCUUCCAUCAUAAAUCACCGUCAUGAGAAAAAUGAUACCAACAAAAAUUGCCUUCAACAUGAUCAUCAUCAUCAAGUUCAAAACUAUGGAGUAAGAGCUGGAGAUCAAUCGUUUGGCGCGAUCGAGCUAGAUUUUUCAUCAUAUAAUCAAAAUUCAACUGGAGCAAUUGCCUAUGGAAAUAAUGAGAGUGUGCAACAUAAUCUUGGAGGGGGUGUUUCUUUAACAUUGGGUUUACAACAACAUGGUGGAAGUGGAUCAAUGGGAUUAAGUACAUUUUCUCAAGCAUCUCAAAGUUCACUUUUUUAUCCUAGAGAUGAUCAAGUCCAAUAUUCAUCACUUUUGGAUAGUGAAAAUCAGAACUUGCCUUACAGAAACUUGAUGGGGGCACAGCUUCUUCAUGAUUUGGCUGGUUAAAAAAGAAGAACAAGAAGAAGAAGAUAUAAUGGUUCUUGAUGAAUUAUAUACUUCUUUGGACCUUAUUGGUGAUGAUAGGUAGAUAUUUAGUAGUACUAGCUAGUAGUUGCAACAUGGGGUAUAGAUUAAAGAAGUGAUUUGGAAACAUACAAUUAAAAAUCUACAUUUUGGUGAAAUGAACUUUUGUUUCUAUAGCUGGUAAUUCUUGGAUGCUAGCUUUUUUGUGAAAAUAGUUUGUUACGUGUUACCACCAUGCAUCCAAAUUAUUGCCAGUGAUCUAUUGAAGCAAAUAUCAGUAUAUACAGAUUUUACAAUUGGAAAAACAAAAAAGAAAAGUACAGUAUUAUAAAUCUC